GAGAGGAAUUUCAAGGACUUAUACUCCGCAAUCAAAACAAACGUGGAAAUGAUGGCUGUCUUUGGCAAAACCUCUUCCCUUUUCAGAGUUUUGCCAGCUGUUGCGGCCUAUAGGAAUAUCACUACUUCAGCAUGUGUGUUUGGAAUAAAAUCCCGUUGGGUUGCACCAUACAGGAAAGAGUUAUUAAAGAGGCAAAAGAAAAUGGAAAAAAUGGGUAUCACACAUCAAUUAAAACGCUCUGAGUACAUUGAAUGGAACUACGAUGCUGAAAUUUAUGCAUUUGGCAAGAGACUUGGUGAGCAGUUUGACAACAACAUACUCAGAGAAGCACUGACUGAUUCCUCUUACAUCAGUCAGGAAAGAGUACGCCAACAGGAGUUGGGUGUCCCUGAACCUGCCUUGACUAUGAAUAGCAACAAUGAACUUGCAGCUGCAGGUUCUCACAUUAUAGCAGACUACUCAAUAAAGUAUUUGCGCUCAGCUCUCCCCUUGUUCCCUGAGGAAGGUAUCAGAUCUCUUGUAGAGUAUUUAACAUCAUCAGAAGUCAUGGCAGAAGUUGGGAUGGGGAUUGGUCUCAAGGAUUUGAUUCUCUGUAAGGAAUAUCCUCCAACACCGGAGACUGUGGGAAAGUGCUUCCAGGCUAUUGUUGGUGCGUUAAAUGCCUCAUCUUCCCUUAGUCAGUGCCAGCUGUUUGUGAGAGAUUUUGUUGUGGCACAGCUAGUAGGCAAGGACUUGAACGAGAUUUGGGAGGUUGAGAACCCAAUGGAAGCCAUGAAGGACAUCUUGAGUCGAAGUGGACGAGGAGAACCAGAGCCAAGGCUGAUAUUUGAGUCAGGCAAGAACACACUUGAGGCUGUUUAUCAGGUUGGGAUUUACUCUGACAAGGAAUUCAUAGGGUCAGGCUAUGGUGAGACAGUGGGCACGGCAGUCGAUCAGGCGGCCCGAGAUGCCCUGCGGAGAUUCUUCCAGACCACACCUGCCAGCCCUCCUCUCCCCUUCGGAAAAGAGAAUGUCAAACUCAAGGCUGAACCAAAUUUAUCAGUAGAAGAUUGGUCAUUGGAGAAAGCAAAGAACAUUAUUACUUGUUGAAAUUGUCUUGUGGGGGAAUUCAAGUAAAGGGGUUAUCGUGUAAUUUGAGGUAGAAUUUUCAUGAAUGGAAAUGAACCAGGAUAUAGUUGAAAGAAGAAAUGAUACUCAAAUGAGAAUUGAUAGGAAACAGGGCAUUUGAAACAUUGUUAAACUAGAAUCUACUGGAAAUUUCAUUAUACAUUGAUGAAUGUAUUGUGGAUGGAAAAUUAUACUUCAUUUAGUGGGUUUGGGUGUGUAUGUAAUCUUGUAUUUCUCCCAAAUAUAAUUUUCCAGAUGUAGUGACCAGUCCCUUGUAAAAAAAGAAGAAGAAGAAAAAAAAAACUUAAUGUAGCACUAAUUUCAUUCAUCAAGUUGUUUUUCAUAAUUAUUGUAUGCAAAGAAAAAGUUUUCAAGUUUGGCCCUAGAAAGUGAAAUUAAAAUUUCAUUUCCUAAAGUGAAAUAUCUGUCAGGAAAAGUUCCCUAAUGAAAAAUUGUGAUCUACAGAUGUAUUUUCUUUAUAAUCAUCAUCAUUUUCUUCUUUUCCUUCUUCUCUUCCUCUCCCCUUUUCUUUGUACUGUAUCUAAGCCUUUUUUUCUGUAUGAUUUCUCAGAUUAAAUGGAAACUGUAAUGUUUUGUAAAUAUUGUAAAGACUUUCUUGUUGUAAUUAAUAUUGAGAAAUAUAGACAUGUUCUU